AUGGUGGACUACUUUGCAUGUCCCAAGUGGAAGUUGUCACUGAGCUUGGUGUCCAAGCUGUUUGCCAAGCAUUCAUUAACACAGAGGACCAUCUUUGUUGGAAGUCUACUGUCCAAGUCUGACAUUCGAGAUCAUUACAACAGCCCAUUCUUCCCGUACAGAUACUCUACAGGCAUAUUAGCAGGACUCAAUCAUUUGAAAGAUAUGAUCACAAACAGUUCUUUGCCAGAUGAAAUGUUUAAAGAGGUGAUGUCACGCUUCAACCUUUUGGCGCUGUACCAACUACCUUCACAUGAAUAUGAUAAUGAUCGAAUGAUCCAGUCUGUGUUCCGUUUGAUCAGUGAACGACAAUCGAUCCACACAGUAUACCUUCAGUCGACCAUUGCGCGGCACUACCCUGCACAAGACCUCCCAAUCAGACAUCUCACCAGCAUCACCAUCAUGUUCAUCUAUAACGUCGACAGUCUAUACAACUCGAUCUUGGAUCUGUUGGAGCACAAUGCGCCCAAUCUAAAAAGGCUAGGAUUCCUCUCGAUACUGAGUUCGCAACAAUCUGAUUUGACCAUCCCUUCACAGCACCAUAUGCACAUGUCAACUAAAUUCUUUGAGGGAGUGUUUGACAUCCUGGAGAAGGGCAAUACUCAUCUAGACACGUUCAAGAUCAAACGAUUGCAUCUGGGCUACCUUGGUCCAUUCCUUCGCGGAUUGCUCAAGCUGAGACAUGUCAAGAGGCUCAAGUUGUCCACUCUCCCAUCAAAGUUCUAUUCGCAGCAGGCGUUGCAGGACCUGUUCAACUCGGGCUUCAUCGACUAUGUCAAGAUGCUUGACCAUCUAACAGUCAUCCACACACCAUUUGGCGUAGGCAAUGAACUACUAGCCAGCAUCUUGGCCAAGCCGAGCAUCUUUAGCAUUCAAACAUCACUGGUGUCGGCACAAGGAAUCAUGUUGCCAAACAACAUUCAGAAACUUUGGCUUAGGGAUCAAACAACACCAGCAGCCUUCACAUCAUUCCUCAAGAUGAAUCCAAAUUGCAACCUCUUACAACUGUUCCUGCAUGAUCAUCAUCAUUACCUCAUCGCCGAUGACAACUUUGAUCUGUUCCUCGACUUUCUUCGAAGUAACAAACGAUUGUCAAGUCUCUACCUCGGUGCGUGCAAGUAUCUCACCAUCUUGCAAAAGGCCAAGUUGUUCGACAUGGUCGUAAGCGAGACCAACUUGGAGUCGAUACUGAUUGGAAGAGAGAAUCAUUAUGAUGAUCUCGAGCAAGGUCAAUCACUGGAUCGUGUUAGAGAAUGCACUGAACAAGACUAUGAAGGGAUCCAACUCUUGUUUUGGACAUUGGCAUCAAGUCCUCAAUCAAGAAUUGACAACAUCGAGUUUGACGUUGCCGAUCGCUCAUUAUUCGCCGAGAUGAUCAAUGGUCGUCUACUGGAUACAGGUGACUUUGUUGGACACUUUGCUCCAAGACUAUCAACCUACAUCUUCCAUCGGCUUGAGGGAGGAAAAAAAUGA